ACGAGGCUUACAAUACACACCCGGAGAUUUUUCCUUCCUCUUUUUUGGAAAAAGCGGGACACCGAAGAGAAGAAAGAAAAAAAGGAGAGAGGAGAGCGAGAGAUUGGAGGUUUUUCGGCUGUGUAACCACAGAUGGUUUUUUUCUGGCGUGAAUGUUGCACCCCGGGGCGCAGAGGACCAAUUGUGUGAAUGUGCAGGAUCUGCUCGGUGACACAGUCGGAGAGAUGCUGAGGACACACAGACGCGCUCUGAGGACCGGAUCAUAGAAGGAUCAGAGAAGGCACAAAAGCUUCCGUGGAGAACCCAGCUGAGCACCAAAGACACAAACAAGAGUGCAGACGCACAAAAGAGACUAAAAUAGCGGCCAACUCUCCUCAUGCUGUUACACACUGCUUUUUCUGGGAGUUUUAGGGGAGUUUGAACUGAAGACACUACUUAACGUUAUCAGAUAAUUAAUUAGGCACCCCAUAAUCCCGGAAAUCAAUUAAUUCACAAAUCAAUAAAUCCAUAGUCUGGUGUAACAAGAGACCUUCCAGACUGUUAGUCUGGCUGCUGAACAACGGUAACAAGGGGAGAGAAGCAGCAGCAGCAGCUAGAAAUACACCUUUAUUUGUUGAAAUUAGAGAAAAUGGAUGGAGGUCUAGGGGAGAUGUCCCUCCACCACUCCGAGCUGGCCCACAGCCAGGACGGCAGGGCCAUGCUGCACUCGCGGGACCUCUCCGCCGCCUUCCCCAGGCCCUCCCUCGGGGGCUCCAGCAUGUCCCUGGAACCCGAGGCCCGUCCGUCGGGCUUCGACCACUCCAUGUCGGCGCUGGGCUACAGCGGCGACUCCCCGUCCAGCUCCAGCAGCACCUACACCACCCUGACACCCCUGCAGCCCUUCGACGACAAGUUCCACCACCACCACCACCACCACCACCCCUGCCUGCCCGUCAGCAACGUCAUCGGCAGCUUCACCCUCAUGCGGGAGGACCGAGGCCUGAGCGCCAACUUCUACAACCCGUACGGGAAGGAGCUGGCCAUGUCUCAAAGCCUGUCCCCCCCGUCGGCGGGCGCGGGCCUGGGCUCCUCCAUGCACGGCUACGGGAGCCCCAACGGCAACGGCGCCCAGAUGCUCCACGGCGGCUACGACGUCCACGGAGGGAGCCUCUUCUGCCGGGCGUCGGAUUUCGGCCGGGAGAUGUCCCCGCCGGGCCUGGGGGUGGGCGACGUGUCGGUGGGGCACCAGCUGAACAAGAUGGAGGCUCACCAGCACACCCCCGGCCACCACUCCCACCUCUACAGCCAGCACUACCAGCCCCACCACCACCCGGGCCAGCAGGCCGCCAAGAUGGGCGAGCACCUGCACUCGUCCUCGUCCGCCGCGUCCUCGCCCGGCGAGGGUGUGCUGCCGGGCUCGCAGGGCGGCGGCGGCGGCGGGGAGGAGAUCAACACCAGGGACGUGGCCCAGAGGAUCAUCACCGAGCUGAAGAGGUACAGCAUCCCCCAGGCCAUCUUCGCCGAGAGGGUGCUGUGCCGGUCGCAGGGCACCCUGUCCGACCUCCUGAGGAACCCCAAGCCCUGGGGCAAGCUCAAGUCCGGCCGCGAGACCUUCAAGAGGAUGUCCCGCUGGCUCCAGGAGCCCGAAUUUCAAAGAAUGGCCUCACUGCGGCUGGAGGCCUGCAAGCGUAAAGAGCAGGAACAGAGCAAGCUGGAACGGAACCAAGGCCCCAAGCGCACCAGGCUGGUGUUCACGGACCUGCAGCGCCGCACGCUCAUGGCCAUCUUCAGGGAGAACCACCGCCCCACCAAAGAGCUGCAGGUCACCAUCUCCCAGCAGCUGGGCCUGGAGCUCUCCACGGUCAGCAACUUCUUCAUGAACGCCCGCCGACGCAACCUGAACAAGUGGAUCGACGAGGGCCGCCCCUCUUCCACCGGCUCCUCGGGCUCCAGCGUUUCCUCCUCCGCAGUGUCCUGCAGCACUGCGUGAUGACAGAGCCGCCAAGGAGUUGCGUUGGGGCGGGCGCAAGAGGGAGCAAGGGGGCACAUAGA